AUGCAGCCAGUCAUUUUUGGGAUUGUCCUCACCAUGUACCUGGUAGCAGUUAUUGGCAAUGCCCUAUUAGUAAUUGUUGCCCACUCAGACACCAAGCUUCAGACACCCAUGUAUUUCUUUCUCAGCCAGCUUUCCUUUAUUGACAUAUUUCUGACAAACAUCAUUGUGCCCCAGGUGCUGGUGCACACACUAUCUGUGAAUAGAACCAUCUCCUUUAACUGCUGCAUGGUCCAGUUGUUUUUCUUUGUGACUGUGGGCAGCAUGGAAGGCCACCUGCUGGCUUCCAUGGCCUAUGACCGCUAUGUUGCCAUCUGUGAUCCUUUAAGAUACUCUGCCAUUGUUAGCCGCCACCUCUGUCUGCGCAUAACCUUGACCUCAUGGGUGGUUGUCAGCCUCAAUAGUCUCCUUUAUAGUGUGUUGGUCACCCGCUUAACCUUCUGUGGCAACCAAGUCACCCACUUCUGUGAUAUCAUGCCCCUGCUACAGCUCUCCUGCACCAGACCAGUGGUCAAUGAAACGCUAAUCUUCACAGAGGGUGUAGCUGUGGUGGUCAGUCCUUUGUUCUUCAUUUUAGGCUCCUAUGCCCGCAUUGGUGUUGCCAUAGCCCGCAUGCACUCUGUUGCUGCCCUCCGAAAAGCCUUGUCCACCUGCAGCUCUCAUAUCCUGGUUGUGCUGCUCCUAUGUGGCUCUGUGAUCCACAUGUACCUCUGGCCAUCCUCCAGCUAUGAUCUGGAUCAGGACCGCCAAGUUGCCAUUUUCUAGCUAAACCCACUAAUCUACAGCCUAAGGAACCAGGAGGUUCAGGGUACUCUGCGGAGGCUUGGCAAGAAACUCUGCAUCUCAGGAAACUUCCAACCUGGCUCAGAGGCAAACAGGAAAUGA